AUGAUUCUUGCAAAGUGCACAAACGAAGUGCAGGCAUCACCAUCCAACGGCUCUCGAACGCAAAAGCGAGUGUCCGCGGAGCUGAUCAGGGAGAUAGCGCAGAUGGAAAAUUUACGAGGUUUGACGUUGCAACAAGUUUGCAUCAUCGAGACGCAUGAAGAAAGUGUCGAAGGAGUCCUCCACCUGGAACAUGUUCGACUGCUUGAUACUCGUUGGCAUGGCCCUAACAACGAAAGCGGAUUCAUACGUGCAUGCAAGGACCUUAAAACACUGGAGUUCACUUGGGAUAGAAGUAGAAUACGAGCGCUAGAAAGUGGUGAGAAGUGGUGGAACGAAACUUGCCAAAGUGUGAAGGUGUAUUCCAGACGUAGCUCAUGGUCAAGUGCAGAACAUGAGCUUGAUGCCGAACGACAGACAUUCGUGGAUGUGAUAGGAACAUUCAAGGCGGCGAAGAUGUUGGAUAUUCAAGGAUGGAUACCUGUAUUCAAACAUGGAGACGCAAGUAACGAAUCGUUAUCGAAUGCAAUCACGCACUUCGCAGGCCCAAUACGCUUCUUGAAGUUCAGUCGACGACUUCCGAAUCUACGAAUACUGAAGUUAUCGGAUUACGGAUUGGUUAGAGGAGAAGUAGAUGAAUUAGACUUACAGGUGGCGAAGGUGAACGGAUUGGAGGUAAAUGUGUAUGCGAGUGACAAGGAGACACUAUGUAUGAUGUUGGCGGUGAUGAACGACGUGCGAGAGUUGAAGGUUAAUUUCUGUGACAAUGUGAACGAACCGGAUGUACUGUUGCGAAGCAUUGCGGACAUGUUAGACUUCAACCCACCGAUUGAACGACUAUGCAUAACUGCAGACGACCCUUUCGUAACCACCACCAUUUGA